UUUGAUUAUAACCACUGAAAGUGUAUGUCACCUGUGAUCACAUCAUGGAUUUAACCAUCAGAAAAUGGUAGACAUAUGAAAAGCUAAAAAGAUGACAGACCGCGACGAUGCCAGGCACUUGUUCCUGGCAAUAGCUUAUGGCAAGGUUCACAGAUUGAGUUCCAUUUUAUCAAGUCUUUCAAAUGUAGAUUGUAGAGACUCUGCACAGAGAACUCCACUGAUUCAAGCUGUCUUCAGUAAUAGAGAUGAAAUACGUGCCCAUUGUGUUCGGCUAUUGAUCCGCCAUGGGUGUGAUGUCAAUGCGAAGGAUGGUGAUGGAAGAACUGCCUUGAUGUAUGCCUGUAUGGAAGAAGAGAAGGCUGAAAGUGUCAGAUUGUUAGUGCGAUGUGACCAAUGUGAUCCAAACUUAGUUGACAAUGAGGGUUACUCUGCUAUCAUGCAUGCUGUGAUAGCAGGAAACAGUACAGCUAUCAAAAUAAUUGCGGGUCACUCAAAUACAAGAGCUAAAGUUGAUGUAAAUAUGCGUAAUAGACAGAAUCUUACAGCUUUAGAUUUGGCAGUGAAGCUAAGAUUAGCUGACUGUUGUUCUGCACUUGUCAAUGAAGGUAGAGCUGAUAUGAUGACUGUUAAGAAUAAUGCCUCAUUGAUAAGACUAUUAAGUGAAGGUAGAAUUCAAACCCAAAUAGUAAAUGGUGCUUUAAUGACUCCACGAGAAGAUACAUCAAAUUUUAAUGGAGUUUUGUUGAGAUCAAGGUUCAAUACUUACGUUAAUUCUCCUAGAGAUUCUGCAACUCCAAUACGGGUCUCUGCAACUCCAGUGUAUUUGCAAAGAAAGAAAAGUGAACUCUAUAUGCCUCACACUGAUAACAGUCCACACACAUCUCCUAGAGAUCUCCCAGUUCAGUCUCCUCGAACACCAAGAGCACCGUUUGAUACAAAUAAUUUCUCAACUCCAAUCCAUCGACCACUAACACCCCUGUCACCAAGCGAUACCCCGAGACAUGGCACUAUUGAGUCUCCCAUUCAAAAAAUUAUGGAUAAAAUUUGUUAUAAUAUUAAAUGUACAAUGACAAUAAUAAUACAUGAUUGUUCUAAUAAUAAGAUGAUAGAAUAAAAAACAUUGAAAUGGUCACAACAGAUGAUAUUCACAUCAAAUUCUUCUGACAAUCAUAAUUCACUGUUUGGAUGCUGCCUUUAAUUGCAGAUAUUGUGUUCACAUCAAUAUUAAGGUGCCCAAAAAGAGUGUGCAUUAGCGGUGUUUGUUGUCUUGGUGCAAAAACAUUUAAACAUUACUAUUUUCCAAAAAAUAAUUUCAAACAAUUAAAGAAUUUCACUUCUGAAAUAAUUUUGACCUUUUAAAAGUGAAUGAUGUUAUAAUAGAGCCAGAAGAAAAUCAUGUUGUACAAUUUUUACACUAAACAUUGUUUAUGACAUUUACCUUAUAUACAAUCAAAUUUGUAAGUUUUCUUGUCAACAAUUGAAAUGAGUGGUUGUAACAGUCUAACAAAAUUGGUUCAAUUUCUUCUUUUUUAUGUAUUUCACACUAAUAAAUUUAGUAAAUAUUUUGCCAUUCUGACACAAAGCCAUUUUCAUAUCAUUGAACAACAUGUCUAUACUUUUAACACUUUAUAAUAUUUCUAUCAUAACACAAAUAUUCUAAGUAAUCAAAAAUAAAGAAUGAGUAUGCAAUAUUUGUGUCUUUUUAACCGGGAUUCACAUUUUAAUAAAAAACAUUUUACUUGAAAAAUACAUAAUUACUUACACCUAUCACUUG